GGUUGGACUGCUGCCAGCAACGUGUUCCGUAUCUGUGUGUCUUCUCAAGCUGACCAUUCUCAUAAUCCGAGCUUUGACAAGACAGCCUUUUCUCUGGGUCUGCGCACCUGCAGUUACUGGCUGAUUCUUGUCUUUUCAAUUGAUAACUUCUACAGCUCACAAUGGUCAUUGUUCCAAUCCCAUUACUCGUGGACACAGGAGCUUACACUUUUACACCAUGACCGGAGAGCCGACGCGAGUUGCUCCAGGCCAUACGAACCCCUUGCAUGACACAACAUAUCUAAUAUCUCCUGUGGAAUCUAUCGUAAACUCCUUGGAGCCUAAUUCUCUUCACUCCAACCAUGAUUUAUUAGAUGCAUAUCACACCUUCUCAAACAGAAUCAGGGCUGAAGCUCAAGAACUUCAGCAGAGCUCUGCUUUACUACCCGCCCUGGAAUUCUUCCGCCCCAAGGCACAUGCAUUUAGUCAAGCCUUAAAGCGCGACAUUGCCCUUGCGCACCUCGAUCCGUUUAUACCGCCUCGAGCCAUUAAUUCCGGAGAAUCAUCAAUUUCAGAAACCCGACAAUCGACUGCUGGUGUUGUCAACUAUGCAGGAGAAUCAUCUGCCCUUUGCCAGCAGGCCCUUUGCGCCCUGUCUGACAUUUUCAGAUUCCAUAAUUUGUAUUCCUUGUUUUCUGAUUCUGAUAUCUCGAGUCUUUUGGCCGAAAUUCUCAACAUUACACACUCUCGGCAAUUGCCAAUUUUGAACAGCGCGAAAGUAUUUUCUCUUGCGUUGUGGAUCCUGGGUUCUCAGCGCUUGCCGCAGAGUUUGUUAUUCUCACGAGCAUCAGACAUAGUCUCCGUCCUCCGCAGCACAUUGGACAUUCAACCUAAUGGACAGCAAUUCGCUCAGCAUACAGAGGACGGCCUUAAGGGCGUAUGCCACCUUUUGGCUUUCUACCCAACGACGUUCUUCGUUUAUGCAAUUCAGCAGCUACCUUUGGUCCUCUCGCACUUGCUGUGCGACUCUUAUGCCAUCCGUCUUCAAGCUGCACUGGUUCUUGGGAGAAUGGUUCUUAGUUUGUUGGACAACUCCCUUGAAGUCUCCCUUGAUCACCGCAAAGUCAUCUCGGAUUUUGUGCUAGACUUCCUGGACAAACAAUGUGCCAACACAACACAGAUCUCAGAGCUUCACCGCAUUGCUAAGGCAGCCAUAGCUGUGGAGGAGGAAUCCGAACUUGCUGAGGGACCUAUUUGGCUUUUUUCGAUGAUGUGCUCCCUCAUCAUCCUCUCCGAUCAUUGUUUAUUUUCUCACUCCAACACAUUCAAAUUUUUCAUGCGGCUUGCUGUAGUGGGCUUUGUACAUGUGAGAUCAGCGGUUCGGGGGUUGGCUCAACGCCUCUUGUCAUGCCUUGCUAUCGCAUUUACAAGAGUACCUGACGAAGACCUGCAAACAAAAGAAGCUGUCCUUCUCUACCUUGAUCGAAGACCUCGAAGUGUAGGAAUCGCAGUUGUUACAAUGCUCCUCAAUACAUCAGCCGCGCCAUCAUCGUCCUCACCUGAGCAAAUCACAUCAUUUAACGCGGUAUCUAGAGCCCUCACCAUUGUGCACGAUAUGGCACACGAUUCCGAUAAACGUGUCUCUUCGAACGGUCUUUCGCUUCUUCACAAGCUGAUGGGCGGAGUGGGAGCUCCCGCGUCCACUCCUAGCACGACUCCGAGUUCACCCACGUUACCCACGUCGUUGUUUGACGGCAGCUUGCUCACUACCAAAUGGGAUCUAUCUACGCUACGUUCCAUCUAUCACUCUCCACUCACAGAGGUGCGGCAUCUCUCGGAGGCAGAGAUUAUUCGCCAUCGAACACGUCUGCGGUCCACGUGGGUGCACCUGGCUCAGUCAUCGAUUUCAUACGAAAGUUGCUUUUCACCCAAUUUGAUCGAAAUCUGGCAUUCUCUGCUCUUAGCAGAAUCACAGCUGACCCAAGCAUACCAUCACCUCACCAUUUCGGUGGAUCUCGCGGAAGAAUCAGCACUCGUCAUCACCGGUUUUAUUCCGCAGACCCCAGAGAAUUCUGAGGAACCAAACUCCACGACAUUAACGGCGGCUGAAGGUUGUGCAUUGGCUGCUAUGACGCAACUAUGGUCCGUGAUGAAAAACGCCUUCACUCCAAAAUGCAUAUCUACUGCUGCGAAGAUCAUCCUGACGAAUUUGUUAAAGCAUGAUUUUCGUCUCAGUGACAAGAACGUACUAGAACGGUGGAGCAAGCUCUGCGCUGACCUCAUUAUCGCUGCCAUGCCUUUGUGGACCCAAGAGCUUUUUGCUAUGAGCUCCUCGCAGAUGACAGAAACCAUCACACGGCAAUUGUGGUUACUUGUGGCGCAGUCGCUGAUAUCACAAUCCGAAAUAUCUUGUUGGUUGGACAUGGUGAAACUUCUCGUCGUUCCUUUGGAGUCAUGGACGAUGUCUGACGUGGAGUUAGACGUAUGGGAUUCACUGCUGCAGAAGACCAUCACUUCUGCAAAUCAGACUUCUACAGAAUUAUCGACUGUCAUCGACGCUAUCGUUCAGGCUGUGAUACCAGUUGCAUGUGUGGACCGCAUGAUAUUUUUGCAAAUCCCUUUGUCACAUCUCUUGUCUUGUUUCAUCCCUGAUGCGAGCCUGUGUCCUCCAGAUUCUUUAUUAAGCGUAGCCAACUCUGUUUUGCAAGGCACUUACAAGACUAGUACGGAGUUGAUGAACGGCUCUCUGCAACUUCUUCAUAGCAUUCAAACAACCAUCGUGGUCUCUUCACCGAGCCGCGUGUUGCAUAUACUUGAGUCACUUCGGGCAGGACUGCAACUAUGGAUUGAAGAUAAAGAGGAGGCGUUAACGGAGAAUGAGUUCAAUCUUGUGAUCAUGCCAUUAUAUUCGGACACGCUCACUGCCCUGGAACGGCAUCCCCUCAGCCUCGACUUUUUAAAUUCAGUAGAAUUCUUUCUGGCUGCUGGGUUUUCACGCAUAAUUGCACCAGCCCUUGCACCCCUUGCGUUUGAAAGGUUUUGGAGGGCAACAUAUCAUGGGCAACAUCAAUUCUCUUCGAACAUUCCUGCCGGCGUAAUGUCAGUGUUGAAGGCGUUCACUACAGUGUUCGGGGGUGACUUAUUGGCCGGCUUCUCAUCUGACUCACAAUCAACAACAAGCUCCGACUUUCCCUCUUCCCCUAUCGGGAGAAAUCACUCGACCGCAAAACAUAUUUCUCCUGCUCUUUUCGAUGAUACACAUUGCGUGGAACACACCUUUGGCAACGCGACUCCACGAAGUGUAUCUGUGUCACCUUCUCACAGUGUAUUUACAGUACUUCUGCGUGACCCUGCAUCACCGUUUCAAGGCAACAUACUUCACAACACGCAGAACGACCCGAGCAGCGCUCAUGAAAUUCCCGCAUCAAACAUCCCUGGUUCCCAGCAGGGUAAAAUAACCCCAUCGAAUGAAAAGUCAUUUUUAAGACGCUCCUCUCGAUUGGUGAAGUCUACGCAUCAAACUAGCCAAGGGUCAAAAAGAAGCCACAAAUAUCAAGAUGCCACGCUACAAAAACGACGCCGAACAAUCUUAGGCACACAUAAAUUUUACCCGUCCCGCUUUAUAUCAGAGCCUACAACAAGUAAGGUCGUGCCCUCAGUCCCCAUCACUCGAGUAUACUCGGCUCCUGCUGAACAGAGUAAGAGGGUCUUUGAUGGCGUUGUGCUCCCGACCUUGCGUCAGGUUAUUGCCGCGGAGCGGAGUCUUGAGUUGUCAACAGGAAGUUCAGUUGAGACGUUCCAAUUCAAUGAUCCGCCCCGUUCAGUUCAGACACCUUCGAUUGCAUCUGAUGAUUCUGUUGAUUACGACAGCUGGGAGAUUCGUUACGCUGAGAUAGGCUCCUCGGAAAUGGAGGUCGACGAUUCCCUUGCCGAAGUUCCUGGGGACUCUCUAAUUGAGAAUAGCAGUCUUUCGCAAGAAGUCCUAGGAACUAUGGAUACACAAGCAGCGCCGAGGACGCAACAUCGAUCUAAAUCACAAGAAGCCAGUCAAGAUGUCGCUCAACAUCCCCCACAGUUGAGACGUUCAAAUACUGGUUCUAGUCAUCUGAAUGCAUUGCGCGAGGCGUACGCCGCGGUUGCUAGUGGAGGUUCUCAGAUACCAGUACAUGAAUUGGUUCAAGCUACUAGGCUCGUCCACCAGAUCGGUGCGGCCCUUUCUGAACAGAUGGAUAAGAAGUUUGGAGGUUCUUCAUGAUAAUGUAGGAAGAUGCAUGCUCAGUCAUGAUUUCCGGGUUUAGGGAACUAAUCGAACGCUAUCAUUAUUGCUUAUUCCUGAGACAUACUAUUAGUUACCACUUGCUCGUGCAGUCCCACAUUUCGUGCAUCCUCCAAAACCACACUUUUCCUACUACAAAUCUUCAAACUACUAUGUCUAUUUGAAUUAAUAAUACGCAAGACCAUCUUACGAGCUUAGAUGGAUGCAUUCCGACAAGAAAC